GGGUGGGAGCGUCGUUGCCCUGCCCGUAGCUUCCAGGCAGGGGGCGGGAGAGUCUGUCCCGGCCCCGCUCGGUGGGAGCCGGCUGGACUGUAGAGCUGGGGGUGUUACGGGGUGGAGGAGGAUCUCCCUCAGGGCCCGCCUGGAUCCCCAGAGGAUGAAGUGGAAGGAAAUGCUGAUGCAUCAUAGAACCUUCAAGUACAAAGCAAGAGAGAAUAUGAUUGGCCUAAAAAUUGCUGAGGAGGAAAACCAUAGUUCUGUGAUUAUGACAUUACAGUUUGGAGCUAAAAUGUUACUGUGAUGUCACAUAUCUGCUAUUAUGGACUACGUUUACCUGUGAUAUGAUGGGAACAGCUAUGGGCACUAAAAUGGCCCCACAGUAUGCCAACCUUUUUAUGAGCCACCUGGAAGAAGACUUCCUCAAGAACUGCACCAUCAAACCCUUGCUAUACUAAAGAUACAUUGAUGACAUCUUCAUCAUUUGGACUGAGAACCUGCAAUCUCUGAUUGAGUUCCAUCAGAAAUUCAACAAUCACCAUCCCUCCAUCCGACUUUCCUUAGAAUACUCCAGCACCAACAUCUCCUUUUUAGACACAAUGAUCAGUAUCCAGAAGGGUAAAAUACAGACCACAGUAUACAAGAAACCCACAGACCAACAUACAUAUCUGUACAGAACCAGCAAUCACCCUAAACACACCAAAAAAGCUGUGAUAUACAGCCAAGCCCUCAGAUACCAUCGCAUUUGUACUGAAGAGAACACCCGGGAUCGCCACCUCACCAAUCUUAAAAAGGCUUUCACCCAACAAGGACACUCCUCCAGAGAGGUAGAUCACACAUUUGAAAGAGCCACCUGGAUACCAUGUGAAGAACUGCUGCAGUACAGAAGAAAACCCCCCACAAAUCGCACACCGCUGGUUAUGACGUAUCACCCCUCCCUUGAACCUGUACGGAAAAUCCUCAAAAAAUUGCAACCCAUACUAGACAGAGACCCUAUUCUUAAAAAAAUCUUCCCAGAGACACCCAUCCUAGCCUUCAAACAAGCACCGAAGCUUGCCAACAUCAUCACCAAAAGCAAACUUCCUCAAGCCCAGAACACACCAAAAGGAUCCAGACUGUGCCAGGACAAGAAAUGCAAAACCUGCCAACACAUCUCCGCCACCCCCACAAUUACUACACCCCACAACAGAGCCAUCAGCAUCCCUGGAUCUUACAGCUGCACCUCCAGAAAUGUAAUAUACCUCAUCCAGUGCACCAAAUGCCCUGAAGGAAAAUAUGUAGGAGAGACCAAACAACAACUGCGCACCAGAAUGAACGCACACCGGAAAUCCAUCAAAGACAGAAACACCCAAUUACCGGUGGGGGCACAUUUCUCACAGAAGGGCCACUCUCUCUCCAAUCUCUCAGUCCUGAUCCUCAAGGGAAAUUUACACAACACAUCCCAGAGACGAGCCUAUGAGCUCCAUUUCAUCAACCUGGAUACUAGAGAUCAGGGACUAAACACAGACAUUGGAUUUUUGAUACAUUACAAUCUGCCUGGCAACUGACUCCCCAGCCCAGCCCCUGGCUUCUUUACUUUUCAUUCCAUCCAUCCAACUGCUGAAACUUCCUUAGCCUGACAAAGGGUUUUUGAACCCAAAAGCUUGCUUAAUAACUAUUCUCCAACUAUUUGGGUUGGUUUAAUAAAAGAUAUCAAAUUCACCCAAGGAACCUUGUCUGUCAAAAUAUUUUAGACAUUUUCAGUUGUUUGUGCUUUUUCCUUAUUCAUUUUGAUUGGGUUUUAAGGACAAUAGUGUAAUGGAGGAGGUUUUUUUCAGCGAUAUGGAAGAUUUUAUGUUUCCCCCAUCAGCCAAGCAACUGCUGUUUGUACAACAGGCCCUGUAUAUAGCCAAUGAACCUAGCCCCACACCCCAGCACUCAAAUCAUGCAAUAAGACCUACAAGAUAUACAAUGUUAAAAAUUAAUGAAAAGGCAUGUUUCCAGAUCCAUUACACAAAAUACCCCAGACUGACAUGCAGCAUUCUAGCUAAGUAUUCAUAAAGACACAGAUUACACAAACCAACAUUCGCUACCCAUAAAUCCAUGCCCUAUCCCCAAAAUAGGUGCAGAAAGCCUAGAUGGUGUGCUAUUGGUAACUGUCUGCCAGAUCAUACCUUAACCUAACUAGCUAUUCCUAUGGACCUGCAAGCCUCUGAACUUCUGCCUCCCAGCUACUGGCAAAGCUCUGUCCUUGCUCUCACUUGUGUAGAACAGUUAUAAUUCAAGGCAGGUAAUGCUUAGCAGCCACAAGGCUUUCACUUAGCACCUGCUAGCUACCUUUUUGUCUCAACCGCACAUUCCACUAUUAUCCUGCAACUGCCAAGGUCAAAAUUUAAACAGUUCUUUUCAGCAAUCCAAACAGCAAGGGAAAAGGCUAGUGUAGUUAAGCGUAAACAAAUCUCUCAGAAUAGGAGGAAUCAAACAGGCUUUUUCCUCUCCCAUGUUCUCCCAAUGCCAUUCAUGUUCACAUUCUCAGCCACACUGUCAGCUCACCCUUUUUCAUUAGAGAAAACAAGCAAGUUUCUGAAAAAAAUCUAACGGUGUGCACUUUUCCAAACAAAUGUUAAUAUACCAGCUGAAUGCAGGACCUGAGAGCAGAAUGGAGAAACACCUUUUUCUCUUUUUCAGCUCUGAUGAGGAGGGCAAAUAAUAGGCAUAUGGGUGCUAUCAGGUGCACCAAUACGAUUAGGGAACCCCAAGGCACAAAAAGCUAUCUGUAAUCUCCUGGGGAUUGGCAAACCUUAUAAUAUACUAUGACAACUUUUUAAUGGUAUUGUCAAUAACUUUCAAACCGGGUGGAAGGGUGAAAAGAAUUUAAGCAGACCCUUGGGUCAUUCCAAUGAAUGUGAGAAGUCUAUUGAUUGACAAAGCAGAAUUACUGCAAGAUUAGUGCUGUGCCCAAGCAUAAUCUUACAGAACAGGUGUUGACUGCUGCAAAGCAAAGGUAGCUAGGCUCACAGCCUCCAAAUGGUCCAGCACGCAAACAGUUCAGCAGGCAUUACAUAGAAGUUCCCAAGUUGCUCCCUAGCCUAUACCCACUAUUUAGACAUGGCUGGUAAACAUAAUCUAAUAUUCUAAUAAAUGAUCCCUGAUUGGUUUUAUUUAAAUUUCACUGAAACUUCCAGAAUCAGAUUAAACUAGAUGGAGCCAAAUAGUUAAAAUUUAUAUCUUUGAGGAAGUAACAGGGCAAUAGGAAGGGCUUCUUAUCUCCUUUCUUCCUAUGGUAGAAAGCUGUUUUAGCUCUGGCUAAAACCUCGAGAAUGUCCAGAGGAGGGCCACUCAUAUGGUUAAGAGUUUGCAGGCCAAACCCUAUGACGAGAGACUGAGGGACCUGGACUUCUUCAGCCUCCACAAGAGAAGGCUGAGAGGUGAUUUUGUGGCUGCUUACAAAUUCAUUAGGGGGAUGCAGCAAGGAAUCAGAGAGGCACUGUGUUCACCAGGGCGCCUCUUGGGGUAACAAGGAACAAUGGUCACAAACUGACAGACAGCAGAUUUAAACUGGACAUCAGGAACAAAUUCUUCAUGAUAAGGGUGUCCAAAAUUUGGAAUGGGCUUCCAAGAGCUCUCCCCUACCUUGGGGGUCUUUAAGAGAAGGCUGGAUAGGCAUUAAUUUGUUGGAUCCCCUGACCCCAGCACUCUUUCCUGCUUAGGCAGGGGGUCAGACUCGAUGUUCUGUUGAGAUCCCUUCCAACCCUAGCAUCUAUGAAUCUAACAAGGCUGCCUUGUUCUUAAUUAUUGUGUUCAAUUAGACACACAGAUGUCUUUGUCCUGCUAACCAAGCCAGUCACAGCAUCUGCAAACUCUCACAUUAUGGUAUGUAAUUCAAGGACAGGCUUCCAGCCUGCUACUGCCACUUAGCCACAGGCCCUUUGAAUACAGCCAGGUCUGACAGCAACAUACCCAUGGCUUAGAUCAUACAGGGCUACAUACAACCUACAGUGUGCACACCUAAAUCAAAUAGCCCCAGACUGGCUAGGAACUAACCAGUAGCAAUCAGAGUUACAGGUAUCCAGAUGGUGAUGGAAUAAGGAAAUAUUCCAUCACAUUAUCCCUAUCAAAUAAAGGAAUUCUUAUGUUAUCACAGUACCUCAGCAGCUCUGUCCAGGGAAAUGGCAUUUGCCAUUCUGAAUUCUUUCAGUAACUUGUAACAUCUGCAGUAUAAUUCUCUCCCACCAACCUUUCCUUGUUUCUUAAGUCUGUGCUAUACAAACUGUUCUGCAAGUUCCUUAUGAAGCAGCCUCUCAAUCUCAAUGUCCUCCUGUUCUUCAUUUUUAUCCCUGUCUGGUUUAUCAUUCUCUUCUUGGUCAUUAUUCUCCUCGUGGUCAUUAUCCCCUGCUGACUAGGAGGAAGAGGAAGUGGCAGCUGCUGCCUCUGAAAUCACCAAACUUAGUACCACGGAAGUUGGUUUGCAGAGCUGCAGCAGCAUAUCAUACUCAUUGCAGAAGAUGCUGUCUAUUCCCAAGUGUAGUGUGUGACAGCUAAGAGUUGUCUGUGUGAUAAAAGUACUUGCUAAGCACUCUGUGAAAAUUAAACUAGGUGUUUCUUGUCAUUUUUUCAUGUAUUGCGAGCUGUAUGUUGCCGCUAAGAGCUUAAUUAAAGUCAAAGAUUAGUGAAGCCUUAUAUGUAGUAAGGCCUUGUAUGUAGUGAGGCAUUGUAAGAUUAUUGAGGCCUUAGAAGUAGUAAAGCUUUAUAUGUAGUGACGCAGUUAAAAUUAACCUCAUCAGAAAAAUGCAAAGGCUUGUACUGCUAUUAGUCAGUCAUAAGAAAAGUUCGUAGUGUAAGAAUGUAAGUGGCUGUAAGUCAACAGUGUAGCUCAGAAGUUAUUAAUUGGCUAGCACAUCUAGAAAUCAGUAGAAGGAAGAUGCAGCAUUGUAAGAGAAGCUACUAAUUUAGAAAUUAGCUGCUGACCUAGAUUCAGUGGGCCAGUGGAUCUCGAGGAGCACAAUGACUGAAUACCAGGGUCCUUCCCGGUACCCCUCGGACAGCACAGAUCAGGGAUGCCUGACUUCAGUGAGCUUUAUAGAAGAGGAACUUGUCGUACAUCAGGCAUCAGAGGGGACUGUCGAUAAGUUGCCAACGUGAAUUGUUAUUGUCUGUCGUUGUCUUGUUAUACUAUGCGUAGUUGUGUGUUUGUUAAGUCAAUAAAACUUUCUUAUCUUUUUA